AUUGGUACUAUGUAAAAAAAUAUUUUCUUGGAUCUAAGUAUUUUUUUUCCAGUGUACAACAUGCCUCAUCGAAUCGGUAAGAUCAACAAUGUAGAGAAAUUCGAUCCAGAAUUUUUUAAUAUACCCGCUACGGAAGCUCAUGUAAUGGAUCCUAUGGCGAGAAUGAUACUAGAGCAUACUUACGAAGCAGUUAUCGAUGCAGGAGUCAAUCCUAAAGAGUUACAGGGAACAAGAACGGGUGUUUUUACAGGAAUUUGCGCUGAUACACAAAGCUAUUCUAUCUAUUUCAAAUCCGAUUUCAGUGGAAUAUCAUAUUGGUGCAAUAGAUCUUUUGUGGCAAACAGAAUUUCUUACUGGCUCGGCACUACUGGACCAUCAUUUAAUCUUGAUAGUGCAUGUAGCUCAAGCCAUUUUGUCAUGACAGAGGCUUACAAUAUGAUCCGAUCUGGAAACUGUGACGCCGCUAUUGUUGCUACCGCCAAUCUAUGCCUCCAUCCUUACAUAAAUUUUGGAUUUUAUCGCCUUGGGGUUCUGUCUUCUGAUGGUUAUUGUAGACCCUUUGAUGAGGCAGGCUCUGGAUAU